AUGGACUACAAAUGGAGCAUCGACCUGGCCACGCUGCUGCGCACAAACAAGGGACAGAAAAUCUCCAUAUCAACAAAAGGCAACGACCCGAAUGCAACGCCAUACCUCGAGGCGUUAUUGUCACACUUUUCUCACACACCAAUUAAUGUCAAGCGGGGAAACAAGCUGUAUCCCUUGACGUUUCCUCUAAAGUUCGUCCCAUAUGAUGAGAAAAAUAUCUUCAUCCCCCAAUGCGUGACCAACUUUUCGACGCUACCGUUCGUCCACCUGUUUUUCAUCAGUGUGGCGUCCGUCGAUGAAUACAAGACCUCCGUACGACAUAAUAUCUCGGAAUGGUUUGCGGCGCUUUCGUCAAAAAGUGAUACCCAAUGGUUAAUCGUCGUUGAUUCAACGCGGGCGAAGGAAAAGAAGAAUAGGUCGCAAUUGUUGGACAAGCUCAAGAGCGACUUUAGCAAACAUCAACAAAGAUUGAUCGAAAUCUCGGAAUCUGUUGAACAUGGAUCAUUUGCUUCACUCGUACAAGCGCUGCGCAGCGCAUUGGCAACUCAUUAUGAGAUCAUCGUCGAUUUCUGGGAGAAGCAGCUACGUCAGUUGAAGGAGAACCGCCAGGAAAAUUGGGAUAUCUUUCUUUACGCAAAUGAACACAUGGAUUUUGCGCGAUUCUUCUGGAGCCUGGGAUGCCUGGAGUACGCGCUGAAGCUCUAUGAUGAUUUGGAUGCGCUACUAUACACAACGUUAUCUACCUUAUCACCGGGCCACCCACCCGAAUGGUUGGCUAAGCUGCCGCGUGGAACGAAGAGUUGCCCGAAAAUUUCUGAAGCUGUGCAUUUCAAUUGCGUGCCGGAUGAAUUUCGAUCCUUUUUAGGUCUCCGCCACGUCCUUGUAUCGCAACAAAUGCUGAUUACGUUGGCAAUCUACCAGCAAAGGAUCCGAUCUGCCACUGGGGCCGCACCAUCUAUCAGGGUGGAUUUUGCUGGAAUUUUGUUGCGCUACGCUUCCCAUUGUAUCCAAGUGGUCGUCGAACAUGGGACGAUACAUAACAUUUUACCCGAUAAGUAUGAGCGGGCCGCCUGGACUAUCUAUUUUGUCAACGAGACACUUUCCUUGUGUGAUCUUCUAACAUCAUCCGGUGCCGUUGAUGGGGUUUCGACGGCAGAAUGUCAUUUAUACGCAUCACGAUUCAACUCGUUUUUGACUAUCGGUGAUUUGCUUCGCGAUGAAAAUCGCGUUGAAAGGGAGCAUUUCUUGGAAUGGUUUGGGAAGACAGAUGCCCUGCUACUUGGAGCGCUGCCAUCUGAAGCAACCCUCUUCACCCAGAUUCAAAAAGUCUAUGAAGUCACCGCGAAUUUCCUGAUCCAGUCUGGCCGCCAUCGAACUUAUGUCAUUAUCGGGCAGCAAUAUGCAGAUUACUUACGGGCACACGGGCAUAUAAACGAGUCGCUUUCGUUCGAAAUAUCCUACAUUCUGCAAUUGAUCGCGGGCGGAUCCCCGGCGGAAUUGGUGCACACCGUCGCACAACGAGUUCUGCCAAAAUUGGACACCGAUGCUGACCAGAUCACAAUUCUGACAAUACUACUGUAUCUCGCACUCAAUGGUGACAGCAAUGGGCAUUAUCGCGAGCAAUUGGAUGUGUUUAUGCAACAAAACACCGACGCAAAUCUCAUAUGUUUGCCGUCCAUCCAGUGUCCGUUCAAAAUACGCUUUGGCAGUGUUGGGAUGCCUGUAUUGAUGCCUGGUGACACCUUCUCCAUCCAAUCAUCGAUAACUUCGGAUUUUCCGUACGAGCUUGUGGAUUGCCGCGUCAGGAUUCGCAUGAGCCCAAUCUCACAGCAGAUCCUCGCCAAGAUGACCGCUCCGGCUUUUCAGUUGGGCUAUGACAAAGAGGAUCAGAAGGCGAUUAUGACGUGCGUGAUCACGGAUGAAGACGUCAAAUUGGCGGAGCCCGCUUCGAAGAAUGAUAUCUACCUGGCGUCUGAGACCUCCGUUGCCCUCAAACCUGGCGCCAAUGUCAUUUCAGUGUCGGGAAACGUGGCCGAACGUGGGAUAUACAUCUUUAAUGGGAUAGACGUGAUGCUGGGCAAUGCGUCUGUUCGAUUCCCCUUACCAAAUGAUUCGAUCAUCGGCCGCGAUCGAAUACCAAUGUUUCUCGUCCAGAAGACUCCCAACAAAUUGGAUGUCAAAAUGCCCAGCAUGUUAAUCGCCGGCAUCACCCAGACGCUGACGAUAAUUUUGGAGGCUGGCGCGCGUCAGGAAGACGUCACGGAGAUCACGAUAUCUACCCGGGGAACAAAGAGGAUUGUCUUCUUGAACAAGGACAAAUGGGGCGCGCAGUUUGUCGACACGGUGCCAUCAAUGCAGAAGGACGAUCGGCACGAAUUUGAGAUCCACCUGCGAUGCCACCUCGAUGGCCAAACCGUUUCGCGCGACGAAUUAUUCAAGGAGAAGAUUUUCCUGGAAUGGCUCGGACAAGUGUGGCCCGUUGAGCUUAGUUUUAAGCCGCUAUUCACGCUCGCCAGUUCUACGACACAGCUUGAGGCGAAUUGCCUACUCGAGACCGAAAUGUCCCGACCAGCCGACUCGUUAUGGACAAUGGUGCUAGAAAAGGCCAGCAUUGAAGUAACAGCGCAUGGUUCCGCGUCAAAUCAUGGACAGGAAGAAAACCUGUUGGAUGAACGAAACGAAACGGUUGAGGCAAGCGACGCCGUCAAAAACUCUUCUAAGGCUCACGUUGCUGAAUUGUUGAAUCCCGAUCUGCCGUUGGCUCCUCCCUCCGCUGUAACCUCACUCGUUUGGCUAUUGGGUGAGGGAUCAGAUGUGGCGGUUCAAUGCCGGCUACGUAUCGUCUACAGCGUCAAUCCAUCUGGAGAUGGUGCUCCGAAUGGCGAUCAAUACGUAUACGAAGACGUAAUGGACGUCAUUGCCCCCAGGGUGGAGUUCGAAUUGUGUGCCCAAAUGCUUUCACACCAUCCGGGUGCACAAUUAUGCCGAGCUGGCACCCCGUGCGACCUUGUCAUCAAUCUACGAUCGCUCACUAAUCGGAUUGAGGCCUUGUUUGUCACGUUGGCCGCCGACGAAGGAAGUUGGAUGUUGGAAGAACGCGCGAAAAUGGUCCAUGUGAAAGAAUCGGGGGUGGCGCAGAUCGUGUUCACCGUUGUGCCCUGUAUUGCUGGCUUCUUGCCAUUCCCUUCCGUCAAUGUAUUCGCCGCCCAAUCUAGCCAGCAAAGCACCGGCGAUGGCUUCUGGUCAGAAGAAUUCACGGCCGGUCGAUCGAUAAUUACCUUUCAAAGGACAGCCGGCAAGCAAAUACGCGUUCUUGGCGGAAUAGGCCGUCCGCCUGUCGAGAAGGAAGCCCGGAGCGCAUUACGAACCAAAUUAGGAAAACUAUUCGAU